UUGGGGCCCCUCCCCCGGCCGCGCACGGGAAGUCAGGACGAGGCGGAACUUGGAGCUGCGCAGGUUGGCUGCGGCUGGCUGGGGGGCUCUGGAGCUGCCAAGGGUAGGGGCGUCCAGUGGGGGCGGCCGGGAGCGGCAGACACAGAGACCUCGGUGCGGCGUGCCCCAGCAGCACCGGACAGGUGAAGGGCGACCCGGGCCGGGCCUGGCGUUCUCUGGUCUGCACCCCUGGACUCGAGUGAUCGCGCGUCUCCUUCCCCGCACCCUGCGAGCUCGGCGCAGGCCCUGGGGUGUCCCCAGGCAGAGUCGCCCAGGAUGGUGGAGACUGAAGACCUCAUGCGCCUCCGGCUGCACAACCUGGGGCUUCUGAGGCAGCUGUGGGCCGGGCAGGCUGCUGUGCAGUGUGCGGUGGCCCGGGCAGUGUCCAAGUCAGGCGUGGACUCCAGCAGCAGCAGCUGUGACUCCGAGAUGCCACUGACCCCAGAAACGUCCUCGGCCUCCCCCAGCACCUCCUGCUCACAGGACCAAUGGUGCGCGUGGGCCCCCCUGGACACCCAUCGGGGUCACCCCUGUGACACGGCCUGGGCCCGCUCCAGGGUGUCCUCUCUGCCUCCUGCCAAGUGCCAGCGUCCCGGGGCCCUGGGCCCUCCGAGGCCUCACUCGGUGCCCCUGCUGGCUUCCAGUGACCUGUGGGAGCCAUCCACGGGGCCCGAUGAUCCGGGGCCUCGGGACGCCCAGGUCCCGAAGUCCAUGCUGGCCCGGCGGAGCAGGCCGUCCAAGCCCCGAGUGACCUUCUGCGAGGAGUCUGCAGUGCCCGAGAGCAGCUGGCGCCUCCGGCCCUACCUGGGCUACGACUGGAUCGCAGGGUCCCUGGACAGCAGCUCACCUGUCAGCAGCAAGCCCGAGGCCUUCUUCUCCGAGCUGCAGGAGUUCCGGGAGGCCCACCGGGAGGAGUGCAUCGGCCGCGUCCACGAGCCCCACCUCCAAGGCCUGCGGCAGGGUGAGGAUGCGGAGAAGGGCCAUGAGUGUGUGUUCUCCUACCGUGUCAACCGGCGCCUGUUCCUGGUGCCCUCGGACCCUGGUGUCCCCUGCCGCUUGUGUGGGACCCCUCGGGACCAGCGGGGCCCCGAGACCCUGGCAGAGCCUGCACAGGUCCAGGUGAGCGUCCCGCCCUCGGUCCUGGACCCCCCGCACCGGUACCGUAUCCACCGACGCAAGAGCUUCGACGCCUCCAACACGCUGGCCCUGCCUCGGCACUGUCUGCUGGGCUGGGACAUUGCCCCUCCAAAGCCCGAGAGAAGCUCGGCCCCCAGGAGUCUCGACCUCUGGUCCUCGGUCUCCUCUGCGGCCCAGCACCGGAAGCUGCUGGCCGCCAGCCCUUCUCACCUGGCCUUGCCAGAGCAGGCCCCGCGCCCCACUCCGAUGUGGUCAGAGCCCCAAGUCCCACGGGCCCCACAGUGAAGCCCUGAGCUCUGGCCACCUGGACGGCAGCGCUGUCAGCCCCAGCGUCCUCUGCAGGCAGUGCCACGAGGAGGAAGCCCCUGCCCACCUCGGGAUACAGAGUGGGGUCUCGGGGUGGGGCCAGUGGUUUUGGGGAUGAGUUUGUAAUAAAGCCCCGCUCCUGUUCCUGCC